ACCCACGCGCACACGCACACACACACGCGCGCGCACGCAUACACGCGGUCGACGUAAGAAUGAAUUGAACAGUUUGUGUUUUCUUCAGUGCGGAAUUGUUUGUCGUUGAGACGGCAAGAGAACAGGUGAUUUUUCACGACGACAUUCUGAUAAACGUUCUUAAUGUUCUACUUCGACGUCUAGAAUCAUUGAACAAAAAGAUGGAAAAUGCUCACAUGAAAUCCACCUGGGAAGUUUUAGACUUCUUCGGUGUGAAUGAAAACACUGGACUGACUCCGGAACAAGCCAAAGUGCAUUUGGACAAAUAUGGACCAAAUGAGCUCCCAGCUGAAGAAGGAAAGUCUCUGUGGGAGUUGGUGGUGGAGCAGUUUGAAAACCUUCUCGUCAGGAUCCUGCUUUUUGCUGCCUGUAUCUCCUUUGUGUUGGCUCUGUUUGAGGAGGGUGAGGAGACGGUUACCGCCUUUGUUGAGCCUGUCGUUAUCCUCCUUAUCCUCAUUGCUAACGCCGUCAUCGGUGUCUGGCAGGAGCGGAAUGCAGAGAACGCUAUUGAGGCUCUGAAAGAAUAUGAACCAGAAAUGGGAAAAGUGUACCGCAUGAACCGUAAGGCAGUGCAGCGAAUCAAAGCCAGGGACAUUGUACCAGGAGAUAUAGUUGAGGUAGCAGUUGGUGACAAGGUUCCUGCAGACAUCAGGUUGACAACCAUCAAGUCCACCACCUUACGAGUGGACCAGUCCAUCCUGACAGGGGAGUCUGUGUCCAUCAUCAAACACACUGACCCAGUUCCUGACCCCAGAGCUGUCAAUCAAGACAAGAAAAACAUGCUGUUUUCUGGCACCAACAUCGCCGCUGGUCGUGCUACAGGCGUCGUCGUGGCGACCAGUGUUGCCACCGAAAUUGGCAAAAUCCGCAAUCAGAUGGCGGCGACCGAGCAAGAAAAGACGCCGCUGCAGCAGAAGCUGGAUGAGUUUAGCCAGCAGCUCUCCAAAGUCAUCUCUCUGAUCUGCGUGGCUGUGUGGAUGAUCAACAUCGGUCACUUUGGAGACCCUGUCCAUGGAGGCUCCUGGGUGCGUGGGGCUAUCUACUACUUUAAGAUAGCAGUGGCCUUGGCUGUGGCGGCCAUCCCUGAGGGUCUACCGGCUGUCAUCACCACCUGUCUUGCCCUCGGGACACGGCGCAUGGCCAGGAAGAAUGCCAUUGUGCGAAGUCUGCCGUCAGUGGAGACACUUGGCUGCACUUCUGUUAUUUGCUCUGACAAGACAGGAACUCUAACCACCAACCAAAUGUCUGUUUGCAGGAUGUUCAUUGCCGACAAAGUGCAGGAUUCAAACUGCACCUUACACGAGUUCUCCAUAACUGGAUCCACGUAUGCUCCUGAAGGCCAAAUAUUGAAAGGAGACAAGUCAGUCCAUUGUGGAGACUAUGAUGGACUUUUGGAGUUGGCCACUGUGUGUUCAAUGUGCAAUGACUCCUCACUGGAUUACAAUAAGGACAAAGGUGUGUAUGAGAAAGUAGGAGAAGCCACAGAAACUGCUCUAACAACCUUGGUUGAAAAGAUGAACGUCUUCAGAACUGAUUUGUCAGGACUCAGCAAGGUGGAGCGUGCUGGGGCUUGCAAUUUGGUUAUCAAGCAGCUAAUGAAAAAAGAGUUCACCUUGGAGUUCUCUCGUGACCGCAAGUCCAUGUCAGUGUACUGCACGUCAGUCAAAGCAGGCUCAGGGAGCAAGAUGUUCAUUAAGGGUGCUCCAGAAAGCGUGCUCGAACGUUGUCAAUACCUGCGGGUGGGAACUGGGAAGGUGGCACUGACAUCAGCCUUACGUGACCAGCUCCUAUUGAAGGUCCGUGAGUGGAGCACGGGGCGGGACACCCUGCGCUGCCUGGCCUUGGCCACACAUGACAACCCACCACUUAAAGAACAAAUGGCCUUGGAGAAUUCCAGCAAGUUUAUAGAGUAUGAGCUGGGCCUCACAUUCAUUGGCUGUGUGGGUAUGCUAGACCCACCCAGGAAGGAGGUCACAGGCUCGGUGAAACUGUGCAACAAGGCAGGUAUCCGUGUCAUCAUGAUCACAGGGGACAACAAAGGUACAGCGGUGGCCAUCUGCAGACGCAUCGGCAUCUUUGGUGAGGAGGAGGACGUGAAAGGGAAGGCCUACACCGGCCGCGAGUUUGAUGAUCUCUCAGCAGAUGCCCAGAAAGAAGCCGUUAAACAUGCAAGAUGUUUUGCACGUGUGGAACCAGCUCACAAGUCAAAGAUUGUGGGAUACCUGCAGUCCUUCGAUGAAAUUACUGCCAUGACUGGAGAUGGUGUGAAUGACGCCCCCGCCCUGAAAAAAGCGGAAAUCGGCAUCGCCAUGGGCUCUGGCACAGCAGUGGCCAAAUCGGCAUCAGAGAUGAUUCUUUCUGAUGAUAACUUCUCCACCAUUGUGUCUGCUGUGGAGGAGGGCAGAGCCAUAUACAACAACAUGAAGCAGUUCAUCAGAUAUCUGAUCUCUUCCAACGUGGGGGAGGUGGUAUGCAUCUUCCUGACGGCCAUCCUGGGUCUCCCAGAGGCCCUCAUACCUGUCCAGUUGUUGUGGGUCAACCUGGUGACCGAUGGCUUGCCUGCCACUGCCCUGGGCUUCAACCCUCCAGAUUUGGACAUUAUGGAUAAACCUCCACGUAAUCCAAAAGAACCUCUCAUCUCGGGGUGGCUUUUCCUCCGCUACCUGGCCGUUGGAGGAUACGUGGGUUUUGGAACAGUGACUGCUGCCACAUGGUGGUACCUGUUUGAUGACCAGGGGCCACAGGUGUCCUUCUAUCAACUGAGACACUUCAUGCAGUGCACUGAGGACAACCCAGUGUUCAAAGGCAUAGAUUGUGACGUCUUUGAAUCCCGCUAUCCCACCACCAUGGCCUUGUCUGUGCUUGUCACCAUCGAAAUGUUUAAUGCCCUCAACAGUUUGUCAGAGAACCAGUCCCUGGUCAGAAUGCCUCCCUGGAUCAACAUUUGGCUGUUGGGAGCGAUUGUCCUUUCUCUUUCCCUGCACUUCCUAAUCCUUUAUGUUGAUCCUCUGCCACUGAUCUUCCAAGUGACCCCACUAUGUUGGUAUCAGUGGGUUGUGGUCCUGAAGAUUUCCAUCCCAGUCAUUCUUCUUGAUGAAGCGUUGAAGUAUAUUUCCCGACACAAUCUUGAUGGUGAUGAUGACAAAAAGUACCGCAGAAGACGGCAGAACAACUGAAAAAGGAAUCCCACUCAAACCCCCCCUGCCCACAAGCCCCAUACCUUUACAAGCGAUGCGCCACAUCUUUAAAAUAGAUCAGCAAGAAAGAGAAGAGUAAGAAAAGAUUUUGGGGAUUGUGUGUGUGCUUGCGUGCGGUGGUGGUCGGUUGGGCAGAGCGGGGCGGGUGCUGUGAGCACAAUUAUUUAAGUGCGAUUGCAUAAUGUGCUGAUACAACCUGAGCUUCAGCUAUUUCCAUUUGACGAGUGUGAUCCCACUUCUGACACCAAGCAUCAUCAUCAUCACGCUUCGUCUUUUCUCUUGCCACAAAACAAUUUCAUGCAAAACUGAAUGAUCUUUUGGUGCUGAAAUGGACCUACUUAAAGUUCAAAUCUUUAAUUUAAUUUGAUAUAUUUACAGAUACACUGUGGCCACAUAUACUGUACACAAAAUAUAUACAUGAUAAAAAAAGGGCUAAAUUUGCCAGUGAUUAUUCUUAUUUAAUAUUUAUGUACUGAUCAUACACCACAGCUGGGUACAACAAACAUUCAUACUGUAUAUACAGUAUGUAUAUGCUACUUUCAUACAGUUUAUACAGUAUGUACCAUAAUAUACAUUUCCGGACUCACAGAUUGCAAAAAAAACCCUAAAAACAAUAACUAAAUAUAACAUUUGGAUUGUAAUUUAAUGACAAUAUGAGUAUUUGUUUUCUCCCAUGAAAACUUCAAUCAGUGAUGACAGAUUAAUUUCAAAUCACAAUAUUUGUUGUUCAUAACGACUGAAGGAUUGGCAAGCAGGUUGUCUCAGAAGGCACACGAUAAAGUUAAGUUUAAUAUGAAUAUUUCAUCUAUUUGUAUGUAUGAAUAAUUGUAACUCAGAAAGUUUUAGACCCAAGUUUGAAUUUCUUGCGAUUUAGUACUUUGAUUUCUUGCUCUGUUGCUUUCUAAGUGUUUUAAAAAAUCAUAUUUGACAGUAAACUGAUACAAUGAAUUGUGUUAUUGUAAAUGAAUAUUUUACUGUAAAAUAUGUGACAGUACAUAAUUGUACAGUAAAAUAUUUUAUCAGCGAAAUAUGUUACAGUAAGAUUAUGUUACAGUAAAAUAUGACAAAAUAUUUCACACUAAAUUCAUGAAUUGGACUCAAACAUGUCUGAAGUAUUUUUGUUUUUUUGGUUAUUUUUUUGUCUGCUUUCUUAGCGAUUCCAUUUUUUGUAUGAGUUAAGUUAAAAACAUUGUCAAGGACUAAAAAAAAAAUUUAAAAUUUUAACGCUCCAGCUGCAAGAAAAAAUGAAAUGAAGUUUUCCUUUCCUGGUUGUCAAUAUCAUCAUUGAUGUAUGAAAAUUCUUUACUACUGAACAUGCAAUACUGUACAAAAGAUGAAUAUAUGAUUGCAUGAAAUAAUAUUUAUGUAAUAUUACUGUUACAACCCCAAUAGAGUUUUUUUCUUUUUCCUUUUAGCACGUUUUGACCUUUUUGUAGAUUAUUAAUUUGUGUUUGGUUUUCUGGGUUUUUGUGGCAAGAAUAUGAGGCAAGGAAUAUCAUUAAUAUCUGCACUCAUGCAUUCUGGCUGAUGAAGUUUUUUUUUAAAGGAAAUUUAAUUGGAGGCUUUCAAUCACACUGCCCUUGUGGUAUUUUUGGCAUUAUAAUAUAUAUAUGAAUAUUUCCCGAGUUCAUAUCAAUAACACCACUACCAACGAGGGUCUCGAGGUUGUAUUGUCUCUAGAGCUUGACAAAAAACAUCUGUGAAAAAUAAUAUUUUCUUGUUAAUAUUAUUUUGCUUAGUGUCAAGUUUGGACAGCAUUUUAUAAAUGAUAAUGACAUGGAAAUAAAGAUUAUUUAUCUUGUUAUUUA